AUGGUUACUGUAGUUUUAAGUUCAGGAAUUAUAAGGGAGAGUGCAAAUUUAACUGGGUGGUGUAAGGAUAAGAUAUGUUUUAAUUCAAAGGACAAUCAAAAUAAAGAUAUAGGAUAUGGAGAUAGUGGAGGACCAAUGACGUUAAUGAUUGAUGGAGUAGAAACUCUGGUUGGAGUAGCUCACGGACAAAUCAUUAAUAGCUCCUCGAUCAAUAAUACACGCAUCAUCAAUGGUUGGAAGGCAAAAAGUAAUCAUGCAUGGAUAGCCAGAAUAAUCACCAGUAUUAAAAAAGAUGAAAAUGAUCAGGCAAGUGUAAUAUCAAAUUGUGGAGGCAGUUUAAUUGCACCAAAAUGGGUCUUGACAGCGAAACAUUGCUUAAUGGAUGAAAAUCUUGGAAAAGAGAAUGAUGAAGAAGAUUUUUACGUUAGCAUUGGUGACAAUUAUUUUGGAAAUGGGGAGUUUGUAGAAGUUGAUGAGUAUUUCUUUUUUUCGAGAACAAAUCGAGAUGAACACGAUAUAGCUCUGUUAAAAUUAGCACACGUUCCUAAAAAAACAAUAAAACCAAAAACAGUGCAAUAUAAAGAUAUGAACUAUGAAGGGAAAAAUGCCACUAUUUAUGGAUGGGGACUUACGGAUCCUAAUGACCCGGAUUCCGGAGUAUUUAAUUUACGAAUGGUUCGAGUGACAUUAACUUCAUAUAUAAAAGGAAUUCGUGUAUGUAAGAAGAAUGAAAUAUGUUUCAAUCCUGUAGAAAACAAUAAAAAGGAUAUGGCGGAAGGAGAUAGUGGAGGACCAAUGACAUUAGUUAUUAAUGGAGUUGAAACUCUUAUUGGAGUGGCUCACGCUGAGAAAAUUGCGACAUAUCAGAUUGAAAGUCCAGUAUUAUCGUUAUAA